AAGAGGAUGUUGAAAUUGUUCGAUUUAAUCCGUUAUCAGCUCUUGAUAUAGAUGAAGAAAUUGGUUUAGAAGAAGAGGAUGAAGAUAGAGAAAUUGAUGAAUCUACAAUAAAAGUGUUGCAUAAUAUUACUGAUAUUUGUACUAGAUGGAACUCUAGUUACUAUUUAUGGACAAGACUCUUAGAAUUAAAAGAUGCAAUAACAUGGUUAGCAUCCGUGUUGCCCUUAAAGAAAAGAAAAGAAAAUAAAAGAGACACCCCUUCACCACCACCUGAUCUUGAUCAAAUAGAAAAGCAAUUUAAAAUUGCUAUUUAUAACUCUUUGAAUAAAUAUUGGUAUGAUUUUCGUGAAGUUGGAUUGGUAGCUACCCUUUUAGACCUCAGGACCAAAAGAAUGUCUGCAUUUACAAACAGAGAACGAGAAAAGGCUGAAACAAAAUUAAGGAAUGAAUUUGAGAAUUUACAACGUAUUAAUAAUACUAGCAAUGAUCAACCAGUGCAACAAACAUCGUCAACAGUUAUUGAAAUAAUGCAAAAUCUAUUUUUUGAAGAUAUUUUUGGAGUACAGGGUCAAGAAGAUAUACCUUUGGAUGAGGUGGCACGAUAUCUGAAGAUUACCCCUAUUAAUAAUUAUAAUGUCAAUUCUUGA